AGUUUCCCAAAUACACGAUCAAGUCUGCAUCAGCCCAGUCCGGCGUUUCUGGUGGUUAUUCCAUCUCUAGAACAAGUGUCUUGAUUAUGAGAAGCCCAAUAUUCACUAAGCUUUGUGAUGGUAUGGUACAUAUUAUGUCGGAGUCUUUAGCUAGUGGCCUUAGAAAAAGUGAUGCCUUGCACCCCAAAUUGAAGCAGUCCUUCGUCAAGUAUGGUCAGAGAUACCACGGCAAGCUUGUUGGCGAGGAGCUAGCAAUACAAACAGCUGCCAAUUUACUCAUUCUUCAUACGAUGCGAGGUGUCGUUUGUUUCAAUUUGGUCUUUGUAGCGAGAGUUAUUUAUGUGGACCGCCAAACUCUCUUGGAAUAUGAGCAAUAUUCAAAGGAAUGCAUCGAAGAAAUCGAGCAAUUUAGGGAAGAAAAAGAACAAGAAAUCAAUCGACUCAGGCGAAAGCUUAAGGUGUUAAAGCUAGUAGAAGACGAUAUGUCAAAAGCUGCAAUUCGAGCUAGGGCCAAGGCGACUGAAAGUGAACCAUGACUGAAUUCACAAAUCAUUUUUGAAAUGUUAUAACAAUAUUUGUCUGGUCAAUAUACAUUAUUUGAUUAGUAACAUGUACUAGACGACUUUGGCUACUCAAUACCAGUUCUUGUAGGAGGUGUGUUUUGUGCUA